GCCACACUUUAUACGCAUUAAAAAAAAACACCGAAAUCGCACAAAAUAUGGAUUUACAUCGUUUACCGCUACCUGAACUGCGAGACGACAAACACAGACACAAGCAGUUCAAUGGGAAUGAAAACAGCAACCGAUUCCGACCGCCCAAGUACAAGCCGCGGGUGUCGCAGGGCGGGUACGUGGCCGUGGAUAACAACAAUCUAAAUCGCAGCCAGUCGCUGGGAUCCUGCAGUGCCAACAACAGCUCAAACAUCGCCCAUGCGAUAUCGUUUCGGGGCGUGGAGUUUCCGGAUGCCAACACACUGCCGGCAUCGCCGAAUGUGCACGAUGUCAGCAGCUCGACGGAUUUCGACGAUCGUAGCCAUUUCGAGCUGUGCUUCGAGCGUCUGGCCAAGCUGGGCGAGGGAUCGUUCGGGGAAGUGUUUCAGGUGCGAGACCGAUCCGACGGCCGGCUGUACGCAGUGAAAAUCUCGAAGCAGAUGUUCCGCGGCGAGCAGUACAGGGCCGAGCGGCUGGAGGAGGUGCGCAGGUACGAGGAGUUCUCCGACCACGAGAACUGCAUCCGAUUCAUUCGGGCCUGGGAGCAGUACGAUCGCCUGUACAUGCAGAUGGAGUUGUGCCGCGAGAGCCUAGACCAGUAUCUGCAGCGCUGCCAUCAAAUUCCCGAGGAACGCAUCUGGCACAUCCUGCUGGACCUCCUGCGUGCCCUGAAAUCGCUGCACGAUCGGAAUCUCAUCCAUUUAGACAUUAAGCCGGACAAUGUGCUCAUCGGCGAGGACGACGAGACGUGCAAGCUGGCUGACUUUGGCCUCGUCAUCGAUGUGGACAGAGCCAACACCCAGCAUGCCACCGAGGGCGAUUCACGGUACAUGGCCCCCGAGAUUCUGCAGGGCCAGUUCUCAAAGGCCGCGGAUGUGUUCAGUCUGGGCAUCGCCAUGCUGGAGUUGGCCUGCUACAUGGACCUGCCCUCGAAUGGACCGCUCUGGCAUGAGCUGCGUCGGGGCAUUCUUCCCGAGGACUUCAUUGACAAAAUCUCAAAGGAGCUGCAGCUGGUCAUCAAGUCCAUGAUGAUGCCGGAUCCGGCGGAUCGGCUUACCACAGAUCAACUGCUUUCACACCCCAAGCUCCAGAAAAUGCAGAAGAAUCGAAAGUCUUUGAUAACAGUCGAUAAACUGUCGAGGAGCUUCCGCAAGUCGCGUCGCGUUGUCUAUGGAAAAGUUUGCAAUUGGAAGUCAUUUGCUUACCGAUGUCUUUUUUACCUGCUGGAGCUCUUGCAUCUGUACAAGCCGAUCGCUCCCGCGCAGCCCACCAUCACGCCUGCACCAUCUUCCCCAAGCACAUGCCUGGCCGCAGUGCCGCGUCUCGAAUAUCAGCUGAUUGGAUCCACGCCCAUAGCCAAUCGGGAUUGCUAUGCCUCGGACUUUUUAACCGGCGACGAUCCACUGGAGUUGUCGCAUCAUGGGACGCCGCAUGUUAUCAAUUCCACGCCGCUGAAUCACAACCAGUCCAGGAGAAGUUCUCUGGGCAAAACCAUUCCGACACUGGAACUCGACAGUCCUUAUGCAAAUGUUUCGUCGCCAAAAGUAUUUGAUACAUCGUCGUUUCGGCGCAAGAAACUAUUUGUGCUGGACUAUGACGAUGAGUGAAGAUCAAAAAGAAGGAAGAUCGAUGGAAACGCAAUGAAUUUACGAUAAAAAACAAUACAUAUAUCAAUUCUCUCAACAGGAAAUCCAGAUACAUAUGGCAAGAAAAUAUAUCGUUAAAUAUAUUUAGUGUAGUUGUAGACUGUAGUGUUGUACGAAAAUCCAUAGUUUUAGGCAUACAAUUGUGUAAUGUUAAUGCUUCUUUAGAAGAACUUGUUGAACUUGAACAUAUAAUCAUGUGAUAUAUAUACGAAAUGCGAUUUGAAAAGUUUAAAAAUAAUAAAUACAAAGGAACGGAGGUGUAUAAACCGUA